AUGUUCACCAGGCUAUGCAAUACUGCUAGAAUAGCAGUAACGGGUGGCGGGUUCCAAUGUCGAAACUUCUCCAGUUCUUUCUGUUUGAGUAAGGAUUACACUUUGCAACAAACCCGCAUUGUUCCCAAGUUGACCACUUUUUACUCUGCCAAUCCACAUCACGAAGACCGCAUCGAUCGACUUGAAGCUCUCUUGCGCAAAUACGUGAAAUUGCCUACGAUGCAGGUGGCUCCCAAAGAGAGACCUGCGUGGCUGUCCUUCACCGAAUAUGGGCUGAUAGGUGGUGGUACUCGUCUAAAGCCUAUCCAGUACCAGCAAUUAGUACAUCUACUGAAUAGAUUACAUUCUAUUGAGCCCGAAUUGACCAACGAUGAAGUCACCAUCGAGCUCUCUCAAUAUUUCAAGAAAACCAAAUUACAAUCAUCACAGGGGUCGGUAAAGACGCUCGAUGAAUUCGGUAGAAGUGUUGCAGUAGGUCGUAGAAAAACCUCGACAGCAAAAGUGUAUCUAGUCAGAGGUUCUGGUGAGAUUUUGGUUAACGGCAGACAAUUCAACGACUAUUUUGUCAAGAUGAAGGACCGUGAAUCAGUUGCGUACCCGUUGAAAGUUGUUGACAGCAUUGGCAAAUAUAAUGCGUUUGUAACCACCUCAGGAGGUGGUAUCACUGGACAAGCCGAGGCCACCAUGCAUGCGAUUGCCAAAGGUCUUUUGAUUUUCAACCCUCUGCUGAAACCCAGACUUCACAAGGCUGGAGUCUUGACCAGAGACUACAGACAAGUUGAAAGAAAGAAACCAGGUAAGAAGAAGGCUAGAAAGAUGCCAACUUGGGUGAAGAGAUGA